CUUAGGCAAGUAUUUUAAUUCUCAUCUCCUUUUUCUUUCUUUUUGGUUUCUUAUUCUUUUCAAAAGAAGUUGCAUCAAAUAAAAUUGUUUGUAUUCAUUCAUAAUGGUUUUUGUUUCUGGGUUGCAGGCGAAUUGUUCAGCUUUGAUUCAUCCUGCCUGGUCGAAUAAACUCCCCUGCCCAACUGGCAGAUGUAACAGCUUCAAUUUUCUUCAACACAAUGCCACUCAGCCGAUUUCUAGAGGAGGAAUUGGGUAUUGGGUUCAAAAGGGUUUAGGCCAUGAACAUGUUAAUUCUGUUGGGAGAGAUUAUCAGCAUCGAUUAAGUUUUGAUGAUGACAUUCCCGACGAGCCCCUUUUGUUAACUUGCGUCAAGGAAGCCAUUUGGGCUUUGAGAUCUUUAUUCGUAUUUCUGGCUGAGCAGCCUAGUCAGCUGAAGUAUAUAGAGUGGCCAGGCUUUCAGCAUACGCUGAAGACUGCGACUCUUACACUUGUUCUUGUGGGGGUGCUCAUUGUUGCACUGUCAUCAACAGACUCUUUCCUCAGCUAUUUGCUGGGUUUGCUUCUGAGGAGGACCCCAUAAAGGAAUGUACCAGUUUUGCAUAUUUCUCAUAACUUGAUUGAUUCUGCGCCACCCUCAAUUGCUGCUCAGUGCAAUAAGUUGAUAAUUUUCUGCCAAGGCAGCAAAGUUUCAGCACUGCAAGUAUAAUUUUUGUGCAUCUGCUAAGAUGAUAAAGCAUUAGUAGAUGGGAAACUUGUUAUUACAGUCAAUCGAAGAUGAGCAACAGCAUAAACAGAUGGACUGCAUUGAAGGGGCAUCCUGUUUUGUAAUGUGAGGUUUUGUGUUGGGACUUUUUUAGUUAACUAAGUUUAAAAAAUAAAUUGAAGAAACAGAAUGUGUUUUUUAUUCGUAUUCAUAGUUUAUUGUCUGA